CAGUAAAAUACAAUAAAUUUAAUUCAAACCACACAGCGUUGUAUUUUAAAACCAGAGAGAGUUUUUUGGGUAUAAAAAGAUGAAAAACGAGAACGAAAACUGAGCAUGCAAUCGAUCCGACCAGUGAUUCCUUCAUUCGUUCAAUUUCCCAUACUCCGAACCGACACCAUCAUUUCACUGAUUUUGCGGGUGAUUAUGUUUCUGGUCUAGAUCUUAGAAGCAGCAAUAGGAAUGAAUAAUCAAGCCAAGAAUAUUGCUGCAUCAUCUUUGUUUGGUCAUUCUGGAAUGGCCCCACAAAAACACCACCCUAACCCCAUUCAGCAGUGGAACCAUCCAAACCCUUUACUCUCUCAGUCACAGUCACACCCUCAAACCCAAUUCCCUGGUCCGUUUCAGUUUUCAGAUCCCCAAAACCAGGUCUUUGCAAAAGCUCAGUAUUCACAAGCACAUUUGCAUUCUCCGGCUGCCCGUGCUCAUCCGCAACCUCAGACUCAUCCUUUUGCCCACUUGCAUAGUGUAAAUACUAAUACUGCUAAUGGUACAUCAUCUCCGGCCACCGGAAGUGCCAAGCGAGCAACCCCAAAGCCCCCGUUGAGGUCCCACAAUUCGUUGAAUACGAACCAAUCCAUGCCGUUUAAGGCCACGGAAUUGACCCCAGCUGCUCGGCAAAAGAAGCAAACACCAGAAAAGGUGGCUGCACUUUUGCCCGAGUCUGCUCUUUACACUCAGUUGCUUGAUUUUGAGGCUCAGGUGGAUGCUGCUUUGGCCAGGAGAAAGAUUGAUGUACAGGAGGCUAAGCUGCCUCCCCAUGUUCAGAAAACUCUUCGUGUUUAUGUGUUUAAUACCUUCUCAAAUCAUGCAAAAAUGGAUGCUGAGAAUAGAAAGGCUGAUGAAUCUUGGUGGUCUCUCAAGAUAACUGGAAGGAUAUUGGAAGAUGGUAUGGAUUCUGUGUCUGGAACUUCACAGGGAUCGAGUCCUUCAUACCCGAAGUUCUCUGCAUUUUUCAAGAAAAUUACCAUACUCUUAGAUCAAAGCCUUUAUCCCAAUAAUCAUGUCAUUGUAUGGGAUAGUGCUCGUUCCCCUACCGAACAGGAUGGUUUUGAGGUGAAGAGGAAAGGAAACAAAGAAUUUACUGCACUGAUUGCAAUAGAAAUGAAUUAUACACCUGACAAGUUUAUGGUUUCAUCACCACUGUCUAAACUUUUAGGGAUUGAGGUAGAGACUCGCUCAAGAAUAAUAGCUACUCUUUUUAACUACGUCAAGUCCAGGAAGCUACAGAGCCCAAAUGACCCUUCAUUCUUCAUAUGUGAUCCUUCUCUACAAAUGGUGUUCGGGGAAGAGAAGAUGGAUUUCACCAUGGUUUCUCAGAAGUUAUCACAGCAUUUGUCACAACCACGACCUAUACAUCUAGAGCAUAACAUCAAGCUUUCUGGACAUUCUCCAGCUGUAUCUGCAUGUUAUGAUAUACAGGUUGAUGUGCCUUUUCCACUGGAAAAGGAUAUGUCUACAUUCUUGGCAGGUUUUGAGAGUCAGAAAGAGAUUGAAGCUUAUGAUGAGGCAAUUUGCGGCUCCUUAAAGAAAAUCCAGGAGCAUCGUAGAAGACGAGCUUUCUUUCUUAGCUUUAGUCAGUAUCCAGCAGAGUUUAUUGAUACUUUGAUUUCUUCUGAGAGCAAGGAUUUAAAACUUGUUGCUGGAGAUGCCAGCCAUAAUGUUGAAAAGGAGCUUCGUUCUGAAUUCUUCAAUCAACCAUGGGUUGAGGAUGCUGUCAUUCGUUACCUGAACCGCAAAACUGCAGGAAGUGAUGCUCAUGGACGCAAUUAAGAAAACGUUGUAGAGGUGGAGUUUCUAUUUCUUGCUUUUUCUAACAACUCGAUAUACUUUUGUUUUUGUAAUCCUUGUUAGGGAAGAGAGUUUGAGUACCCAAGAUGAGGAGUAGAAGAAAGGAAAGAAUGUAGGACAAAGAAAAUGUGUUUUAGAUAGUGAAAAUCAAGGCUAGUGUGAUCAGAAAUUCUGUACAGAAUUUCAGAAAAAUAUAUACUGAUCCAUUUAUUUUGGUUGCCCCUGGCUCA